GAUGACAAGAAAUUGAAUGUAUCGAAAAAAUCACUGAGAUUCGUUCCCUUUCGUUUAUUUUAUUAAUUUACUAUUUCGCAAAUUUUUGAAUUUCAUGUUUUCUUGUGUUUAUUUCUGUUUCGUUUAGUACAAGAUAGGGGUUUUGAAAUGUGGAGGAAUGGGUUCUUCUAUUGGGCUCAAUGAUGUGGAAAGCGUUUGUUACGACGGUGUUCAAACUCUGAAGAGUUUUCAUUUUUUCUAUUUUAGGCAGCGACAAUAUGAACUUUGAAAGCCGCAAUUUUUAACUUCUUUUUUUGCAUACUAAGGAAUUUUUGUGUUGGAACUUCCUGCAAAAGAUAAAUUUAAAGAUGAAGGCUCAGGCACAAAUGAAAACCAGAGGUCCUUCUAGGGUCAAUGUUCAACAAGCAAAUUUUGAGCUUAGACAAAAAAUAGUUUUUGCACUAAACAAGCUUUCAGAUCGAGACACAUGCCAAAUAGGUGUCGAUGAGCUUGAGAAAACAGCCCAAUCUUUAACCCCAGAUGGGAUUGCACCAUUUCUAUCUUGCAUAUUGGAGACAGAUAAGGAGCAGAAGAGUUCAGUUAGAAAGGAAUGCAUUAGAUUGAUGGGUUUACUGGUGAACUUUCACAAGAGUCUUGUUGGACCCCAUGUGGGUAAGAUGGUUGCUACCAUAGUCAAGAGGCUUAGAGAUCCAGACUCUGUUGUUAGGGAUGCUUGUGUAGAAACAGUGGGGGUUUUGGCUUCUAAAUUGGGUAAUUAUGGAGAUGAGAAAGGUGGAGUUUUUGUUUUGUUGGUGAAGCCUCUUUUUGAAGCUUUGGGUGAACAAAAUAAGCAGAUGCAGUCAGGUUCAGCAUUGUGCUUGGCUAGGGUUAUUGAUAAUACCCAUGAUCCUCCAGCUUUUAUUUUGCAGCGGAUGUUGACUAGGACCAUAAAAUUGCUUAAGAAUCCACAUUUCAUGGCAAAACCAGCAGUGAUUGAGUUGAAUAGAAGUAUUAUUCAGGCAGGGGGUACUCCAUCACGAAAUGUUCUGUCUGCAGCAAUUGCUAGUAUCCAAGAAGCACUCAAAAAUAGUGACUGGACGACGCGCAAGGCAGCUUCUGCAGCACUAGCAGAAAUUGCUUCAACUGGUGGAUCUUGGUUGGGAUCUUUUAAGUAUUCCUGCAUUAGCUCUCUUGAGUCAUGCCGUUUUGACAAGGUCAAACCAGUAAGGGACACGGUGCUGCAUGCACUUCAGUAUUGGAAACGUCUUCCAGGGGCUGAUACUCCUGAACAUUCAGAAACUGGAUCUUCAAUAAAAGAAAAUUUCUGCAGAGGUGACUAUAGUGAUCUCACCAAUACCAGUGACUGUCUGAGGAAGGAUGUAACACCAAAUAAAGUUGUUUCAGACUCGGCCAAAAGAAGGAUUCCUUUGUCGGUAAAAAAAACAUGUCAAAAUUACCUAGACAAUCAACAUUCCAAAGCAGAUGAAUGGCAAAUUGAAAUUGCAGUCCCAAAGUCCCGUAAUGUUUCAUUAGCAUAUCUUUGUAAUGAGGAAUCUGAGGGUAGUUCUAUUACCAAAACAAUUGAAAGAUUUGGUUCUGACAUUACAAGUACAACAGAUAAUAGGUUUGCAUAUGGACCAGUUGAUGACAAGCAAGAUUGUUCAUCAGUGUCCAACUUAGUUGCUGACAAUUUUGAGACCAAGUUUGUGACAGUUCCUCAUGACUUGCUUGAGGAGGGUAAUUUGCUAAGUUCGACGAGAAGAAAUCAAAAGUUUGCAGCUGAUGGGACAAAUAGUGAGGAAAGAAGACGGUCAGCAAAGAUGCGGAAUCGUAUAAGUCUGGAUUCUACAGUCACAGAUGUUAGUUUUCAGCCUUCACAUGGAUGUUGUUCACAGGUAGCCAGUGAAAUGUCUUGUAUCCAGAAACAACUUUUGGACAUCGAAAAUAAACAGUCAAACUUAGUGGAACUGCUGCAGGUGUUUUCGACUGGCAUAAUGGAUAGCUUAUCCUUGUUAAAGUCUAAAGUGUCAGUUUUAGAGCAUGAAGUUGGUAAAAUCAGUCAUGCUCUUCUGCAAGGGGGGAGGCAUUCUGAUUCAACAAUUUCCAAACCGAAGGAGCAGAACCAAAGUGUUUCUUCUCCCCGAAUUUCAACAUCUACUCCAAGGCCAUCCGUUGAUAUUCGCAAUAGACAACCUUCAUUGUUAUCAGCAAACAAUUCUUAUAUUUGGGAGGAAAAAACAGUUGGCAGAAGCAGAUCAAUCCAUUCUGCCAGACAGGGCACCGAGAUAUGGACUAAUCCAGCUAUGAAGACUAAUAGGAAUGCCAUAAUGAAGGACAUGCAGAAAACAUCUGGACAUGGAGGAUCAGCCAUGAAUUGUACACAAAAAGUUGAUGCUGUAGGUGCUUCAAUUUCAAGUGCCAAUGCCAUGGAAAAUGGUCCAGAUAAUAACAAAUGCAUGUGGCAGCGUGUGAAAGGUUUUCUAUGCAAAGGGGACCUUGACUCUGCAUAUGUGGAAGCUCUUUCUUCUAUUGAUGAACUUGUUCUCAUUGAGCUUCUUGAUAGAACUGGUCCUGUAUUGGAAAGUUUAUCACACAAGACCGUCAUUGACAUUCUUAGCACUUUGGCAUCUUUCUUCUUAGAACAAAGAUUUACAAAAUCUAUAAUCCCUUGGUUGCAGCAGGUAGUGGACUUGAGCACAAUACAUGGACCGGAUUAUUUCGUGCUCUCUGCCAAAGCAAGAAGAGACUUCUUGUCAGCGAUUCAGGAGGCUGCUAAUAUGGAAUUUUCCGAUCCUGCAGAGAGAAGAACUACGACUCAACUUGCAGUGAGAUUAUGCCGCCUAUGGGGGAGAAGCUGCCAAUAAUCACCAAAUCAAAUGCUUGGCUUUGUUUUUUUUAUAGAGAGUAAUUUUUCAUUUGAGGCGUUCUAUUUAUAUAGAGAAAUUACUCGAUAUAAAAACUAGUUUAAUGUAAAAUGUCCUCUAUGGCUUCAUUUGUAGUUUGUGUAUGCAUUAAAUUGACUCCUUCAUUUAACGUGUUUAAUUUAUCGAUGCACAUCUUUUUAUUUUUCUCUCA